UCCAGAGCUUCUUGACCAAAAAUGGGGAAAACCAGAUGUACACAACGUGGCAGCACGAAAGUUUGUUGUUGAAUUGAUCAGCCCAAUUAAGAAAAAGCCUUAAAAGAGAUAACAACUCUUGGUUUCUCCCACAAAAAUCUCUUGGGGUCUCCUCUCUAUUCUCUUCAUUUCAGAUCGAUCUCUCUUUUCUCUGCUUCUCCUUGUUGUCAGGAUAACAUGGCAAAUUCGUCGUCUGGAAUGGCUGUGCAUGAUGAAUGCAAGCUCAAGUUCUUGGAGCUAAAAGCAAAGAGGAACCAUCGGUUCAUCGUGUUUAAGAUUGAUGAGAAGAUCCAACAGGUGAUCGUAGAGAAGGUCGGGAGUCCUGAUGAAACCUACGACGAUUUCACCGACUCCAUGCCUGCCAACGAGUGCCGUUAUGCCGUCUUCGAUUUUGAUUUCACCACCGACGAGAAUGUCCAGAAGAGCAAAAUUUUCUUCAUUGCAUGGUCACCGGACACGUCGAGGGUAAGGAGCAAGAUGCUUUAUGCAAGCUCCAAGGACAGAUUCAGGCGAGAAUUAGACGGCGUUCAGGUGGAGUUGCAAGCAACGGAUCCUAGCGAGAUGAGCCUGGAUAUCAUUAAAGGCCGAGCUCUCUAAAUCCUAUACAAAUCAAAUCAAAUCGCUUUAUCUUCAGUUUCUUUUCUUUUCUUUUUCCCUGGUUUACUUAAUCUUUGUUUGGAUUUAAAUCUUAACGUUUAAUGGGAUUUCGUGUAAUACAUUCUUGAAUUUAAUUUGGCUCAUGUUGGAUUUUCUUGUA